ACCUUCUACAGAUUUGGGGCUAUGAAAGGAGCAUCUCUGAAGAAACGCUGUAGUGCACAAAAGCACCUAGAUGGGCUUCACAAUUCACAUUAGACAUUCAGGACCUCAGCUAUCAUUGAAAAAUUAUAACCAACUGAUAAAACAUACAGACCAACAUCAGAGUAAUCAUUCAGUAUUAACACAGACAGACUCCAGAAACCAGUGACUCCAGGGGCUCUUCAGCAAGUGCUUUAAUCAAUAGCAGCAAGUGUUCCCAUUACAAAAAAUGGCAACUAGGGCAAAUCCAUCCACUCAGAAGCACCCAAAGAUCUACUUGGGCUGAUGUGAGAGAUAUCAACCUAAACUCCAUGCAGACAAGUACAAAUGAAAAAGGAGAACAUCUGCAUUUGUGUAUAAAUGCAAACAGCGGCCACAGGGCUGAGUAAAAAGCCAAAUAAGAGGAACCUUCCCAUGCAAAGUCACAAAACUGUGACCAAAGGAAGAGUCUGGAAAGUGAGAGUGUGCAGGUCAACCAAAGCACCCAUGCCAACACCAGGCUAUUUAUGGAGUGCAACAACUAUUCCUAAACAAAAUUAAAAUAUGAUGCCUGGAAAUCACCACCCUGAAGAAUACAGGAUUGCAUCGCUGGUCUUCUACAGUUUUGUGUUCGCAGUGGGAUUGCUGGUGAAUGCCACGGCACUAUGGGUUUUCAGCUGCACUACCAAGAAGAGAACAACUAUAACUGUAUAUAUGAUGAAUGUGGCAUUACUUGACAUAAUUUUUAUAUUUUCCUUGCCUUUUCGGUUAAUCUACCAUGGAAAAGAAACGUGGCCUUUUGGAGAUACAUUCUGUCGGAUUAUCAGUGCUUUCACUAUAUUCUAUCCAGCCAUUGCUCUGUGGUUGCUCACUUUUAUAAGUGUAGACAGAUUUAUGGCUAUUGUCCAGCCCAAACAUGUCAAAGAACUAAAAAAUACAAAAAAAGCUGUGCUGGCUUGCACUGGAAUCUGGGUAAUGACCCUUGCAACAACGUCCCCAUUGCUGUUUUUACAAUCUGAUCCAGACAAAGCCUCAAAUUUCACCACCUGCAUGAAAAUGCUUGAUAUCAUCCAUUUAAAGGAAGUAAAUACAUUGAACUUUUCUCGCUUGAUUUUUUUCUUUUUGAUUCCUUUGUUUAUCAUGAUGGGGUGUUACCUAGUCAUUAUUUACAAUUUUAUCCGUGGCAAGACUUCCAAACUGAAGCCUAAGGCCAAGGAGAGAUCCAUAAGAAUUAUAGUUACUCUGAUUGCUCAAGUACUCAUCUGCUUUGUACCCUUCCACAUCUGCUUCACCUUCCUGAUGUUGCAAGUUGAAGAUACAUCUUACAAUCCCUGGGCAGCCUUUACCACCUUUCUCAUGAAUCUCAGUACAUGCUUGGAUGUUAUACUGUACUAUAUUGUUUCUAAACAAUUUCAGGCAAGAGUCAUCAGUGUAAUCCUUUAUCGCAAUUACCUUCGAAGUGUGCGCAGGAAAAGUUUUCGAACUGCAAGUGUAAGAUCACUCAGUAACAUGAACAGUGAAAUGAUAUAAAAAGAGAAAAGAAUGUCAGGGGAUUUUUAUAAUGUAAACAAGUGAUUCUUUUUUGAAAUUCUAGCAUUUAGACUACACUGAAUAAUGUUCUAUAGCCAGAAAUAACAGAUACAUUUGUUGCACUGUAAAUAUGAGAGAAGCAGAAUAAUUGCACCUCUUUACAUUUGCUCAACAACUUUUGUAAAUCUGAAAUUAACUAAAGCCUACUAUCAGUGUUAGAUUUGCCAAUCCUUUUUGUCAUCUCAAAAGAUUGUGUAUAGUCAGACAUGAAAAAGUGACUAUUAGUAUAAUAAAGUAGGCAACACUGAAAAAUGA